GUUAGCGGUCCGAUGUGCGCCUGCGCGGAGUGCCGGGACAGGGCGUGUUCCUCGUCUGGGUGCUCGUUUUGCACCGACCGAGCGCAUCUCUCGCAGGCCACCGGAGUGAGCCCUACAGAAGUCUGUAGUUUCUGUCUCUUAAGUGCAGCCCUCCGCAGUCAUGUCCAAGUCUCUGAAAAAGUUGGUGGAAGAGAGCCGGGAGAAGAACCAGCCGGAAGUGGACAUGAGUGACCGGGGCAUCUCUAACAUGCUGGACGUCAACGGCCUGUUCACCCUGUCCCACAUCACACAGCUGGUCCUCAGCCACAACAAGCUAACAACUGUGCCACCAAACAUAGCAGAACUGAAGAAUCUGGAAGUGCUUAACUUUUUUAAUAACCAGAUUGAGGAGCUGCCCACGCAGAUCAGCAGUCUGCAGAAACUCAAACACCUGAACCUGGGCAUGAAUAGACUAAACACUCUGCCUCGAGGAUUUGGAUCGCUUCCGGCUCUGGAGGUCCUUGAUUUGACUUAUAACAACUUGAAUGAAAAUUCUCUUCCUGGAAACUUCUUCUAUCUGACCACCCUGCGUGCACUCUAUCUAAGUGACAACGAUUUUGAAAUCCUGCCGCCAGAUAUCGGGAAACUCACAAAGUUGCAGAUACUCAGCCUUAGGGAUAACGACCUGAUCUCGCUGCCUAAGGAAAUCGGGGAGCUUACUCAGCUUAAGGAGCUCCACAUUCAAGGGAACCGCCUGACCGUUCUGCCCCCAGAACUAGGAAACUUGGAUUUAACUGGUCAGAAGCAGAUCUUCAAAGCAGAGAACAAUCCCUGGGUUACCCCUAUCGCUGACCAGUUCCAGCUUGGCGUGUCCCAUGUUUUUGAAUACAUCCGCUCCGAGACGUACAAAUAGCCAUGGAAGAUGAUGAUGACCCUGAAUGUAAAUUGUUACAGGAAAACAGAUACAAGCUAAAAUGGCCAGAUCAACCUUUUUUAUUCUAUAUUUUAUGGAAUCCCUAAUAUAUGUUUGGCAGUAACUUAUUCAUACACAUGAAUUCCUGACACUUUCGAUUCUUCAGACUUAUUAAUCAGUCUAGUCAGCACCAGAGCAAUUUUAUGAGACUUACCAGUCAUCAAAAAUUUAUUAUCAGAUAAAUCAAAGAAACAACGAGCAUCUUAAUAGGGUAGAAAAAGUGGCAUGUAAAGGAUCGUUUAAAACUGUGCUUUUUUGUCGGUUAUGUGUUAUAUUUACAGCCAGUAUCAGCGCGCUUACUCAUAAUUUCAUGCACCAACCCAGCAGGGUGCAAGUCAUCUUCUUAGGUAAAACCUUUUCUCUUUCUUUUUCUCCAGUAGAAUAUUGUGUGUGGUCUGACUGUAAGACUAAGACGCACAGUAUAUAGAGAGAAGGUAGGAAACCUCAGGUUCCAGGGUUAAGCUUUAGCGUUUCUUUGAAAACAGUAUCUACAUUUUCUUUGGAGUUUCAUUGCAGUUGUCAUCCAGCCUGAGACAUCAAGUCUCAGUCCUUUCCUUUGGGACAAAAUGGCUAGACUUGAGCUCUGUGAAACAGCGUGUGGAAAUAGCAGUCGCCAGAUUGCCUUUGCUGUGGAUGGGGCUCCAUGUGCACCUCCCGGCAAGUGUGAGAUGCGAGCUCUGUCUCCCGUGUUCCUGGCACUGUCUUUGAAGAUAGAAUGAUUCUGAUGAUAUAAUCAAA